AGGAAGAGAGGCUUGAAAUUCCACCUUCUUAUCGAUAUUUACAGAGAGAGGAUGACUGUGGCGGCGAAGGUAGCGGCUGAAUUGGGGCCUCACCCUGUCAAAGAGCAGUCAACAGCAAUCCUUCAUGGGUGAAGCUGUGAUUCUAGGAUUUCAACAUUACUUGGUAAUGCUUGGAACUACUGUGAUAAUUCCUACCAUUAUUGUUCCUUUCAUGGGUGGAGGCAAUGUGAAGAAGGCUCAGCUGAUGCAGACUUUGUUGUUUGUAUCUGGAAUCAACACACUGCUGCAAACAUGGUUCGGGACACGGAUGCCAGUAGUGAUAGGCGGUUCGCUUAGGUUCCUAAUUCCGUCUCUUUACGUUGCCUUCGCCCAGAGAUAUUUAAUCUUUAUCAAUCCAAGAGUGAGGUUUCUAAGAACAAUGAGGGGGAUGCAAGGUGCUCUAAUGGUUGCUUCAGUGCUUCCGAUGCUCCUUGGCUUUCUUGGCAUUUGGAGGAUUGUUGUGAGGUUCCUGAGCCCUCUUGCUGCUGUGCCUUUGAUAGCUCUUGUUGGAUUUGGUCUCUUUGAACAAGGUUUCCCACUGCUUGCAGAAUGUGUGGAAAUUGGGCUUGUUUUGUUAUGCCAUUCAACAGGGGCAUUUAUCGCAGCAUCCAGAUAUGCGAGUGCUACGCAUAUACCAUCUUCUGUUAUUAGCCGAGGAAUCGGCUGGCUGGGAUUUGGCAUUUUCCUGGACUGUUUAUUUGGCACUGGAAUCGGAUCAACCGUAUCAGUCUUCUGCUGGUCUGGGCUUACUGCAAUAUUGCAACCUCAACAGCUUCAGAACAAAGUUCAUUUUAGGCUUUUCUUUCUUCAUGGGGCUUUCGGUCUGGGCGCGGUCCUGUUCACGCUCAUUCCGUGUGGUUCAACAAAAUGGUUCUUGUCUUCUUCACGUCCCCGGCCGUGGUGGCAGGUUGCGUAGCCAUAUUUCUCGACCUUACUCUUGCGCGCAAGCAUGCCAACACUAGGCGAGACAGCGGCAGGCACUGGUGGGCUAAGUUCAAGUAUUUUGACAAAGAUCCAAGGAGUGAAGAGUUCUACUCUCUUCCAUAUGGACUUUCCAAGUAUUUCCCUUCCUACUAACACACGCAUUCAUCCCAAGUUAAGAAUGUGAGAUGCAUAAGAUCUUUGCUUCAAGGAAUACAUACACCAUGGGAAGAGGAUCAAGAAUUGGCUUUGUUGAAUUCAACCAAUUAGCCAUAUAUGUACAUAUAUAUCAAUGUAGCACUUAAGAGUUAGAGAAGCUGCCUCCUCUAAUGUAUAAUUAGUCGAUCAUACAUUUUCUCUUUCUUCAUGAGAAAGAGAUACCCUACAAUGUAAUAAAAGUAUGUUUGUAUUACCAUUAAUC